AUGUCUCUUUUAUGGUGGGAUAUCGCCGCUGCAAGCCUUGCAAUCACCGUCAGCUAUAUUCUGUACACGAGGGGCCAUGCGGUUGCACUUCGAUUGCCGCCCAGUCCUCCCAAGGAUUUCUUAUUAGGGCACGCAAGGAAAGUUCCGUUCUAUAAAGGGUGGGAGGUCUACGCAAAAUGGAACGAAGAAUACGGCGAUGUCAUCUGCACUCAAGUUUUAGGUCGCUCCAUGAUCGUGUUGAACUCGAUUACUGCGGCGCGCGAUCUUCUGGAAAAGAGGAGCAACACAUUCUCCGACAGGCCAUUCCUUCCGGUAUUCAUUGAAAUGGGGUGGGAACUCAUGCUUCCAAUCAUUCCUUAUGGUCCGCGUUUUCGGAAACAUCGUCGCAUUCUACAUCAUUACUUCGGUCCUCAGGCACUGUCAGCGUAUCAACCAACGCAAGAGCGCGAAGUUCGUAAACUCCUCCGCCGACUGCUGAUCAAGCCUGAAAACUUCAUCACGCACAUUCAUAAUUUCAUCGCCGGAACGAUCAUCUCGGUCACAUACGGACAUGAGAUCGUCAAAGAGAACGAUCCGUAUGUUGAACUUGUCGAAGAAGCGGCGCACAUCGUUUCAAGCUCCGGUAACGUCGGGACAACACUCCUCGACGUGUUUCCAUUCAUGCGAUAUGCUCCUGCUUGGUUACCUGGAAUGGGUGUAAAGAGGAUUAUUCCGAAAGCACGAGAACUCGUCGGAUACGUUAUGACGCACCCGUUGGAAGAUCUUAAAGUGAAGAGGGCUAAAGGAAAUGCUCCUCCGUGCUUAAUGAACGAACUACUGGAUAGAUACGAGGAAAUGCAUGUGAUUGACCCUGAACAUGAAAGGGACAUUAUGUACAUUGGAGCAACAAUUUACGCAGUAUUUCAGACCAAAUCGGCUCUCACAACGUUCUUCCUGUUGAUGACAAUCUAUCCUGAAGUGGCGAAGAAGGCUCAGGAGGAAAUUGAUCGAGUCGUCGGGAAAGACCGUCUGCCAUGUGCCGAAGAUAGGAAUGACCUUCCUUAUCUUAAUUGCGUGCUAAAGGAGAUGUAUCGGAUGCAACCUCCUGCACCUCUCGGCGUCCCGCAUAAGUCUACACAGGCUGAGGAAUAUCGAGGAUGGACAAUCCCAGAAGGAACGGUUGCAGUUACUAACAUCUGGCUAAUGAUGAGGGAUGAAAAGAAUUUCCCGAAUCCAGAGACCUUCAUGCCUGAACGACAUAUGGCAAAGGUAAAAGACGAUCCGAAUGGCACUUCUUCCGCUGCCGCGUCGGCCGAUGCUACAUCGUUUGUCGCAGAAGAUGAUCCCAGCAGCAUAGUAUUCGGAUUCGGAAGAAGGGCUUGCCCUGGAAAGUAUUUCGCAGACUCGAUGCUAUGGGAAGCAGCUGCGAACGUACUAGCGUUAUUCGAUAUGCGGCUAUACACAGACCCUGAAACCGGGAAGACCGAGGUACCUAAGUUCGAGUUCGAUGAUGAUGGGAUCAUAGCAUAUCCGAAGCCUUUCAAAUGUGUGAUUAUCCCGCGAGACGCAAAACGGGUCGAUGAUAUGACCAUCAAUAUAUAA